AUGGGGAAUUGUCUUACCAGGAAGGAUCAAAGUCUUCCCAUUGAUACCACCUUCAAGCUUCCUGCUCCAACACCGGUUUGGCCACCAGGUGAUGGAUUUGCUAGUGGGAUCGUCAAUUUGGGUGAGCUACAAGUGGCGCAGGUUUCAACAUUUAACAAAGUAUGGACAUCCUACGAAGGUGGUCUGAGUAAUCUUGGCGCUACAAUCUUUGAACCAACAGGAUUACCAGAAAGAUUCUGUAUGUUGGGUUGUUAUAGCCAACCUAACAACAAGCCCUUUUCUGGGUGGGUUCUUUUGGCCAAAGAUAACUCUUCAACCAGUAGCCCUGCUCUAAAGGAACCACUUGACUACAGUUUGAUAUGGAACACCAAGUCCUUAAAAGUCAAUCAAAAUGGCUCAGCCUAUUUUUGGCAACCAAGCCCUCCGAAUGGCUAUAUAGCAGCAGGACAUGUUGUGACCACAACACCAGACAAGCCUUCCUUGGACAAAGUUCGAUGUGUCCGGUCAGACCUCACUGAUGAGAUUGAGACAUACGGAUGGAUUUGGGGGCCAGGAAAAUCCAAUGACUCCAAUGGGUUCAAUCUCUAUGAAACAAGACCAAGAAAUAGGGGAACCCAAGCCCCAGGACUUCUUGUAGGAACAUUUCUAGCUCAAAAUGGUGGAAUUACCGGUGCUUUGGCUAUGUCCUCUUUGAAAAACACCAACGUUAACUUCACCUCUAUGCCAAAUCUAAAACAAAUUCAAGCAAUAGUCCAAGUUUACUCUCCAAUAAUGUACCUACAUCCUAAAGAACAAUACCUCCCUUCCUCUGUAAAUUGGUUUUUCACCAAUGGAGGAUUGCUCUAUAAAAGAGGAGAAGAAUCACAACCUACCCCAAUACAACCAAAUGGCACUAAUCUUCCCCAAGAUCAUAACAAUGAUGGCUCCUAUUGGCUAGAUCUUCCAGCAGACAAAGCCAACAAGGAAAGAGUUAAAAGGGGUGAUUUACAAAGCUCAAAAGCAUAUCUGCACAUAAAACCCAUGUUUGGUGGAACAUUCACAGACAUAGCCUGUUGGGUAUACUAUCCAUUCAAUGGACCAGCAAGAGCAAAAGUAGAGUUCAUCACUAUUUCACUAGGGAAAAUUGGCCAACAUGUGGGGGACUGGGAACACGUGACACUAAGAGUGAGCAAUUUCGAUGGAGAACUCAGAAAGCUAUAUUUCUCGCAACACAGUGGCGGUACUUGGGUUGAUUCCUUCAAUCUUGAAUUCAAGAAUGGAAACAAACCCGUCGUAUAUUCUUCACUUUAUGGCCAUGCGUUUUACCCUAGAGCAGGGCUCAAUCCUCAAGGGACUAAUAGUGUUGGACUUAGGAACGAUACUGCGGAAAGUGAUUUGGUAGUGGACAUGGGGGUAGGAUAUGAAGUGGUUUCCACUGAGUCUCUGAGGUCAGAGAUUGUGGAGCUGCCAUGGCUGAACUAUUUUAGAGAAUGGGGUCCAAAGAUAAGCUAUGAUAUUGCAGAAGAGCUGAAGAAGAUGGAGAAAUGGUUGCCUAGGAAGUUGAAAAAGCUUUUGGAGAAAUUGGUGAGAAGCUUGCCGAAUGAACUGUUAGGAGAGGAAGGACCCACUGGUCCGAAGGUGAAGAACAAUUGGAAUGGAGAUGAAGUUGUUCAUUGA